AUGCCCGACAACACCGAGAACCCGAAAGAAGAUCCAGAAGAUAUGAGCAUUAAGGCUAAUGAGGAGGCUAAAGAAUAUCUAAGCUACUUGGAGGCUGAAGUCCAGAGACUUAAGUACGAAGAGGAGCGGGAUCAGUUGAUUUCGGAGCUGGUUGAACGAAAUGAGUUUCUGGAAAAGGAGAUACAACGGUUGAAGGAACAGAUAAAGAACUCGAGCGAUGGAAAGGAACAAGAGACUAAGAAAUAA